ACUACCGGCCCACGCGUACUCGGCUGUUUGGUUCCUAGGAGCUUUCUCCGCCGCUUCCCUCUUCUCUCCCCGCCUCUGGCCCUUCUCACUGGAGGCGGCCCGGGCCGGAGUUGAGCCGGAGCCGAGCGGGAGCCGGAGCUGGAGCCGGAGGUGGAGCCGGAGUUGCAGAGACGACGUGGAAACAUGGAGGCCUAAGCCGGCGUGCGCCACCCCGGGCCGCGGCGGCCACCGAGGCUUCUUCCGAUUCCCCUCUGCCACCUACUCGUCUGUCUUGGAGCUGGAAGCGGGUCUCCCCGCAGGCUGAGACAGAUUGUCUUGAAGAAAUGAAGGCUUGAGGACAAGUUAUCUACCACAUUAGAAGAUGGGAUCGAACAGCAGCAGAAUUGGUGAUCUUCCUAAAAAUGAGUACUUAAAAAAGUUAUCAGGCACAGAAUCUGUCUCUGAGAAUGACCCGUUUUGGAAUCAGCUUCUCUCAUUUUCUUUCCCUGCACCAACUAGCAGUACAGAGUUGAAGCUCUUGGAGGAGGCAACCAUUUCGGUCUGCAAGUCUUUAGUUGAAAACAAUCCUCGAACCGGAAACCUUGCUGCACUAAUUAAGGUCUUCCUUUCUAGAACCAAAGAACUAAAACUUUCAGCAGAAUGUCAGAACCACAUCUUCAUUUGGCAGACACACAAUGCUUUGUUUAUAAUUUGCUGUUUGCUGAAAGUGUUCAUCUGUGAGAUGUCUGAGGAGGAAUUACAACUUCAUUUUACUUAUGAAGAAAAAUCUCCUGGCAGUUAUAGUUCUGCCUCAGAAGAUCUUUUGGAAGAACUGAUCUGCUGUUUGAUGCACUUAAUCACUGAUAUUCCACUCUUAGAUAUUACUUAUGAAAUAUCCGUAGAAGCUAUAUCAACAAUGGUUGUCUUUCUUUCCUGCCAACUCUUCCACAAAGAAGUUUUACGACAGAGCAUCAGUCACAAGUAUUUGAUGCAAGGUCGAUGUGUAUCAUACACCAGCAAACUUGUGAAAACCUUAUUGUAUAACUUUAUCAGACAAGAAAAACCACCGCCUCCAGGAGCCCAUGUUUUCCCUCAGCAAUCCGAUGGGGGAGGACUGCUCUAUGGACUUGCGUCAGGAGUAGCAACCGGACUCUGGACUGUCUUCACACUAGGUGGUGCAGGCAGCAAACAGCAAACUCCAGAGCUCUCUUCACCUCUGGCCAACCAGAGUCUCCUGCUUUUGCUGGUGUUGGCCAACCUGACAGAUGCACCAGACGCACCAAACCCCUACAGACAGGCCAUUAUGUCCUUUAAGAACACACAAGAUAACAGUCCUUUCCCCUCGUCAGUUCUACAUGCUUUCCAGAUUAACUUUAAUAGUUUGUACACAGCUCUAUGUGAACAGCAGACGUCUGAUCAGGCAACUCUCCUCUUAUAUACAUUACUCCAUCAGAAUAGUAAUAUUAGAACAUACAUGUUGGCUCGUACAGAUAUGGAAAAUCUUGUCUUACCAAUUCUUGAGAUUCUGUAUCAUGUUGAAGAAAGAAAUUCACACCAUGUAUAUAUGGCUCUUAUAAUAUUAUUGAUUCUUACAGAAGAUGAUGGCUUCAAUAGAUCCAUUCAUGAAGUGAUAUUAAAAAAUAUUACUUGGUAUUCAGAACGAGUUUUAACUGAGAUUUCAUUGGGGAGUCUCCUGAUACUGGUCGUAAUAAGAACCAUUCAAUACAAUAUGACAAGGACAAGAGACAAGUACCUUCACACAAAUUGUUUGGCAGCUUUAGCAAACAUGUCGGCACAGUUUCGUUCCCUCCAUCAAUAUGCCGCCCAGAGAAUCAUCAGCUUGUUUUCUUUGCUGUCUAAAAAACACAACAAAGUUUUGGAACAAGCCACCCAGUCAUUGAGAGGUUCGCUGAGUUCCAGUGAUGUCCCUCUGCCAGAUUAUUUCCCUUGAUGGUACAAAUCGUUAAUCACACUCAGCUGCUAAUCGAAAGAUUGGAGGUUCAAGUCCACUCAGAGGUGCCUCGAAAGAAAGACCUGGCAACCUACUUCUGAAAAAUCAGCCCUUGACAACCCUACGGUGUACAGUUCUACUCUGACGCACGUGGGCUCGCCACGAGUCAGGGUCUACUCAACAGCAACUGGCAGUAAUGACAUGAUAUUGAGCAUCUUUUCAUAUGCUUUUUUGCUGUCUGUAUAUCUUCUUUGGUGAGGUUUCUGUUCAGAUCUUGUAAUUGCGUUGUUUGUUUUCUUAUUGUUGAGUUUUAAGAGUUCUUUGUAUAUUUUAAAUACAAGUCCUUUAACAGGUCUAUGGUUUGCAAAUGUUUUCUCCCCAUCUGUGGUUUGUUUUUUCAUUCUCCUAACAGUGUCAUUUGUAGAGCAGUUUAUUUUAAUGAAGUCCAACUUACCAAUUUUAUGGAUUGUGCUUUUGCCAUUGUGUCCCAAAAGUCAUUACUAAACCCAAGAUCAUCCAGAUUUUCUCUUAUAUAGCUUUACAUCUUACAUUUAGGUCUGUGAUCCAUUUUUAGUUAAUUUUUGUGAAGAAUGUAAGCUGUGUCUAGAUUCUUUCUUUGCAUGAGGAUAUUUUCUGUUUGUUACCUGCUUUUCAUUUGUCUGUGUUUUUGUGUUUUUUCCCCUGCCUUCCUGUGGGUUAUUUGAACAGUUUUUAGGUAUAUCUGUAGUAUUCUUGAGUGUAUCUCUUUGUGUAGAUUUUUACUGGUUGUUUGAGGUAUUAUACAUACAUAAUGUGUCCCGUCUACUAAUAUUGACAUUUUACUGGUUCAAGUGAGGUAUAGAAACCUUAACCUUCCUUUAAAUCCCUUUACUUCCCCUGUUUGUAAUUACCUUAGAUAUUUUCUUUAUGUAUGGAGAACCUCAUUGGAAAUGUUAUGAUGUUUGCUUUGACUAUCACACAUAAUUUAGAAAACUCAAGAGGAGAAAGAAUGUCUGUUGUAUUUACCCAUACCUUUGCGCUUUAAGUUAUUCUUCUAAGAGAUUCAUUGAUUGCCUACUUUGAGUUUUGCUGUCUUAAUUAUUUUAUGUUCAGCUUUUUCUUCUAAGAGAUUCAUUGAUUGCCUACUUUGAGUUUUGCUGUCUUAAUUAUUUUAUGUUCAGCUUUUCAAAGACUGUUAACUCUUGAGGAAAGAGAGACAAAACCGUAGUCUACUUAUCUGUAAAUGUAGUGAUUGAAAUGAUGGUUCAGGGAAAUAAAGUAAUAUUAUGAAUUAGGCACUUUUCUUGGGAUCAGUAAGACCCUACCACCACUUUACAUGGAGGCACAGUCUAAUGUGAUACAGUGACAAGAAUACGAAUAAGGACCACAUAAGUGAGAGGCUGUAAGCACCAACUUGACCUUUAGUUGGUGAGUCUAUCAUUUAUUAUUUGCAAUUCCUGAUUAUCACCGUACUAAGUUCAAAAGAUUUUAACUCACCCUUUAGUAACUGAUACACCUAAUUCUAAAGAUUCUUGAAAAAAAUUAAUUAUGUAGAGAUUUACCUCUUCUGCAUUAUCUUUCCAAUGCUGUAAUAAUUUUAAAAGAAUUGCUUUCAUUCUGAUAAUU